GCGCGCAUCCUAUCUCGCGACCGCCCCAUCGGUAUCGUGCAACGAUAUCGGAGUUGAACGAACCUUACCGAAAUCAGUGUAGGGCUGUGUAAUUUAUCGCGACGUUUUAAAGGACGAUCCAUCAGCGCGACAUCGAUAAGGCCUCAUCUUCCCAAUAAAUUAUUUAUGCUCAUUAAUUGUGAUGAAGGCGAGCGGGCGCAUUCCCGGUGAUUAUUCAUUUGUGACACGGGCUUGAGGACUCGACCGAUUUCGGGAUAUGUGCCAGUAAGAUGGAGACUUUAGUACUGAUCCCUCAAGAGCUGAGCUUGGCUUUGAGGCCGGGAGGGGCUAGAGGUCGGGAGGCUUCGGUUAGCGUUUGGACGUCCACGGAAUUAGCCAGGGGUGCACUUUUGUAUCCGUUUCAGGGGACGAUAAGAAUCGAUAAGCUUCAUGUCUACUCUUAUGCGCCCGAUCAUGAUAUUCGUCAUAGGUUUGGACUUUACGACGAAGUGUGCACCUCAGGGGGAGUUCAGGUCAGGCAUUGCAAUUGGGUUCGGUUCUUACGGGUCUCGGAAAAUUAUGGACCACAGGUGAACCUUGUGUGCACAAAGGUGAAAGGUGAGCCAGUCUACGAGGCAGUGAAGCCUGUAUCUCCUCAUACGGAACUGGUGGUCUACUACUUGCCCGAAAGACCGGAAGAACUGUUCUUUGUCAGGAUGAGGAAUAAUUUGUAUCGACAGACGAUGGAUUCGAUUUUAGAAGAUUCACCCUUAGAUCUGUCCACGUCGCUCCUAUCUCGAGUUCUAUUGCCCAUAUCACCGCCAUCAGGUGAAGAUGAGCAUAAAUCAGUCUCCGGUGACUCAAUGGCAUCAUCCUCGGCGGGAUCAUCGAACGAAUUGUUGGACAUGACUCCAAAAAUUCAAAGAAGGCCAAUGAAAUCAGAAAGAGCUUUAUUGCCGUGCGAAGUCUGUGGAAAAGCUUUUGACAGACCCUCAUUGUUAAAAAGGCAUAUGAGAACGCAUACCGGUGAGAAACCUCACGUUUGCAUGGUCUGCAACAAAGGCUUUAGUACAUCAAGUAGUUUAAAUACCCAUCGAAGAAUACAUUCGGGGGAAAAGCCACACCAAUGUCAGCACUGCGGCAAGAGGUUCACAGCCAGCUCCAACCUUUAUUACCAUAGAAUGACACAUAUAAAGGAAAAGCCACAUAAAUGCAGUCUAUGCUCCAAGUCUUUUCCUACGCCGGGCGACCUCAAGUCUCAUAUGUACGUCCACAGCGGGUCCUGGCCGUACAAGUGUCAUAUCUGUUCCAGAGGUUUCUCCAAACAUACGAACCUGAAAAACCACCUUUUCUUGCAUACGGCUAAACAUCAAAGGAACACGGCGAAAGAUGCUACCUGAACGCUCUAAUUAUUAAGAAUUGUAAAUAUAUAUUUGUAUUUGUUUAUUCGUAUACAUUAUACCAAGUGUGAUAUUAGUUUAGUAUUAGUGUAAGUUAUAAAUAAGAGUAAUUUAUUCCUUUCAUAAGUAAAUCUAACGAACAGAUUCAAAAUAGGUCUAAGGUGAUCUUCUUCAAUUGGAGUCUAGAAUUUCUCAUUUUUACAAAAUUUAGAAUUAGAAGUAUUAUAUUGAAGUUACGAUUAAUGAUAAUAUAAAUUCUAAGGUUUUGUACAUAGUACCUCGAGAGAUACAUAUUAUUAUGUAACAAAAAUGUAUAAAUAUACUAACACUACGUUUGUAUAUUGUGAUGAUUG